CGAUGGACUUUCUUUCUGUUGACCACCAGCCAGGCCGAAAGCUGAGCACGCUGUUGAUCGCAUUUAGUGGCUGGGCAGACGCUGCCGAGGGCGCCACCAGCGCGGUCAAAUUCCUCAAGCGCAAGCUCAAGGCACAAAAAUUCGCGGAGUUUGACCCAGAGGAUUUUUACGACUUUUCCCAGACCCGGCCCACAACGACCCGCACCCGUGACGGCAAGAGACACAUCCACUGGCCAGCGAACGAGUUCUUCCACAUCGAGAAUCCCGACACGGGCGACGGACUCAUGUUGUUUACUGGAGUGGAGCCCAACCUGCGUUGGCGCACCUACUCUCAGGGCGUCGCCCGGCUGGCGGCCGAGCAGGGCGUGGAGACCGUCGUGCAUGUGGGGGCGCUCCUUGAUGCCGUGCCCCAUACCCGUCCUGUCAAGCUGAGCGGAACGGCUACCCGCCCUGACCUGUCUGAAUUCCUGGAGGGAAGAGAGAUCCGGUCGUCCAAUUAUCAGGGCCCUACGGGCAUCAGUUCCUCCGUUAUGGACGCGUGCGUCAAGCAGGGGCUGGGGUACUCAUCCAUCUGGGGACACACUCCCCAUUAUCUGCAGGCGGCCCCCAACUAUAGAGUCGCGUACACGCUGUUGCAGAUUAUGACCCGCCUGCUUCACCUGCCAUUGGACUUGGAAGAGUUGCGUGGCGCAGCGUCAAAAUUCGACGAAGAGGUUGCCAAGGCGGUGCAGGCCGACGAACAGAUCGGCUCGUAUGUCGCCAAGCUGGAGGGGCAGUACGACGAAAGCGUGGCCGACAGCACCAUACCCGAUCCGGAAGACCUUGUCCGCGAUGUGGAACGGUUCUUGCGCGGGGAGCGGUGACCU